CCGGAUAUAUUUUGGUCCACAUAGUAAGUUAGACAAUCGGCACCCACAAGACCAAGCCGAUGCCCCGGCCAACAAACAGACGGGAAUACUCCAAUUAAUUUCGUCGACUUUGAACAUAGUGGCAGCGGAUUAAAAGGAUUUUGGGGGAGUUUUUCUGUAAAUAAUUCUGUGAAGACAAUCGAGAGGGGUGAUGGAAAUGGAGGUGAAGAGGAUCGUUGUGGUGGUAGAAGAAGUGGAAGUAGCAAGAACAGCUAUGGUAUGGGCUCUUCAUAAUGUUCUCCGCUACGGCGAUUUAGUAACUCUUCUUCAUGUAUUUCCGGCGACCGCCACCGCCGGCAGUAAAUCGCGUAACAGAAAGAAGCUCAGGUUGCUCCGAUUGAAAGGCUUUCAGUUGGCUCUUUCAUUCAAGGACAUCUGCAUUCAUAGUUUCCCAAACACGAAGAUAGAGAUCGUUGUGACGGAAGGCGAUGAAGAAGGCAGUAGGAUCACGGAUUUGGUCCGGCAGAUUGGGGCUUCAACUCUCGUUGCCGGCCUCCAUGAUCAGAGCUUUCUCUACAGGUUAGCAAUGGCCCACAAGAACAUUGAUAGUUCAACCAGCAUGGACUUUUCUCAGAUUGAAAUUUCCUCUUUAAGUGUACCGGAAAUUCCUCAACCGAAAAUUCCGUAUCAAGUAUGUCCAGAUCCAUCAGCCAUUAUAUGGAGAUCAAGGAGAAGAAGAAAGCAAUGAAUAAAAAAGCCGGAUUAAUAGUUUAGUUAGGGGUGUGCAUCGUUUAUACUCAAACCAUUGUGCAAAAUUGGGCCCAUUUUCUUUUAAAAGUCCACACAAAAAGUUGAAAUUUUACUCUUCUCCAUUACAAGUUUUCUUCUCUCAAAGUUAGACAAGAUUGUUGGGAUGUGACUGAACUAAAUUUUUAGGAUUAUUUUUAGUGAUAGGAUAUAACUUAUAAGGAUAACAUUCACAUCUUAUAAGACAUGUGAGAAAUUGAGAGCAAGUCAUUUCCUACCUUUGUGGGUACGACAAAAAAAAUAAAUAAAUAAAUAAAUUUUUGUUUCAUUAACA